CUCUGUACUCAGCAGUCUCAGGCAAGUGACAGAAUAAUCUGAAAACCUGGUCCAGAGGGAGGAAACGUAGUGGCCAGGGAUCAGAAGCGUGUGAGGGACCUAUGAAGUAUUCAUUCUGCAAGUAUUAGUUCUUUCCUCUGGGAGAGAUACUGGGCUUGCCCACGCCUUCCUGAGUCCAUGGUUAAGACUCCCGCUGGGCACCAGCGGAUUCCUGGUGCCCAGAGCCCGGUUCCUCCUACCGGGUGCGCUGGGAAAAGGGCUGCUCCUGACAGAAGGGACACUCUAAGAGCAGCCCAGGAACCGGUGCACUUGUGCGGCCUCGGAAGAAGCCGGGGCUCCUGGAGGCGGAGGCGAGGCCUGGGACCCAAUAAGAAGGGCGCGGCUAGAGAGGAGGGGCUGGCCAAAAGCCCUUGAAAUAAGGCCCAGGCGGAACCGCGGUUCUAGUCUCCCAGCUCCAGCUCGGCCUUUGGGUUUGCUGUGGUGUUCUUGUCUCCUGCAGGACUGGCCGCAGCAUGGACACUCCCAGGCGGUUUCCGACGCUCGUGCAACUGAUGCAGCCAAAAGCAAUGCCAGUGGAGGUGCUCGGUCACCUCCCUAAGCGGUUCUCCUGGUUCCACUCUGAGUUCUUGAAGAAUCCGAAGGUAGUUCGCCUUGAGGUUUGGCUGGUGGAAAAGAUCUUCGGCCGGGGCGGAGAACGCAUCCCGCACGUCCAGGGGAUGUCCCAAAUCUUGAUUCACGUGAAUCGAUUGGACCCUAACGGCGAGGCUGAGAUCUUGGUAUUUGGGAGGCCUUCUUACCAGGAGGACACAAUCAAGAUGAUCAUGAACUUGGCUGACUAUCACCGCCAGCUCCAGGCGAAAGGCUCAGGAAAGGCCCUCGCCCAGGAUGUCGCCACUCAGAAGGCCGAGACCCAGCGGUCUUCAAUAGAAGUCCGGGAGGCCGGGACGCAGCGUUCGGUGGAGGUCCGGGAGGCCGGGACCCAGCGUUCGGUGGAAGUCCAGGAGGUCGGGACACAGGGUUCUCCGGUGGAGGUGCAGGAGGCCGGGACCCAGCAGUCUCUCCAGGCUGCCAACCAGUCGGGGACCCAGCGAUCCCCCGAAGCUGCCAGCAAGGCAGUGACCCAGCGGUUUCGCGAGGAUGCCCGGGACCCAGUUACCAGAUUAUGAUGGCAUCUCAGGCCCUGGAGCCAGAGCCAGUCAGGGGUUAAAGUGAAAGCCCGUAUUUCCUCCCAGAAGCUGGGGUUGGGGAGACUAUGUGGAUUUUUUGUUUUACCCUUUCUGUUGCAUGGUUGCAAACACAAACUUGAGUUCUAAUAAAGAAUUGCAAAGUGGAAGCCCGCCUCCCGCCUCCCCCCCGCCUCACUUAAGUCCAGGAAGCUGGGGUGGCGAGGAAGGAUGAUGUGGAUUGUUUUUGUUUUACACCUUCUGUUGAAUGGUUGCCAACACAAACUUGAGUUCUAAUAAAUAACUGCAUUUC